UCACCACGCGCCAUCCGCCGCCUGGCCAGGCGCGGCGGCGUGAAGCGCAUCUCCGGCCUCAUCUACGAAGAGACCCGAGGGGUGCUGAAGGUCUUCCUGGAAAACGUGAUCCGCGACGCCGUCACCUACACGGAGCACGCCAAGCGCAAGACAGUCACGGCCAUGGACGUGGUCUACGCGCUCAAGCGCCAGGGGCGCACGCUCUACGGCUUCGGGGGCUGAGGUUUUCUUAUUUUGCCACAGCCUGCACUUUUGAACAAAGGCCCUUUUCAGGGCCGCCCAACUACACAAAAGGGCUGUAACGCAGAGCCUAACAGCGCCAGGUGUAAAAUAAUGCCACGGUUGCGGGAGUAAAAGCAAAAUUCAACCCUACAUAUCCACGUUGCUUCCUUCUGUUUCUUACAUAAAAGCAGGACGAUUUUAAUAAUAGAAAGUGAAAGGACCAGGUCAGUUAAGCGAACAAAGAAAGUCACAACCCUAUCAGCGAGCUGUCUGCCUGUGAGCCAAUCAGAAACGAUGACCUAAUGUUGCCGGAGGCCCGCAAAGGCAAGUAGGGGGAUGGGAAAGUG